AGAAGUUUGCAGGCUCAAAGGUCACAGCAAGUGAGUUAAGGACAGACAGAAAGAAAGAACCAUAAGCUUAGGACUUCACUUUAUUUAUUACAUAGUUUUAAACAGUCAAAUCUGUACAAUUGUCAUAACAAAAACUUCAAUCACAAUGAGGCAUUCAGUGAUUAUUUUGUUUCAUCUUUUUCUCUCAAUUCAAGGUAUUCUGGGGGCUCCAUUUUUUACAGAGGAAGCUGCAAACCAAUUUUUAAGGCUUAAAAGACAGGCCUUCUCCAAACAUUUUUGGGAACCAGAUCUCUCAGAGACUACUUGGGUAUCUACAAUUACACAGGAGGCAAGUGAUACAUGGAGGUCAUUGCUGAAUUCUGCACAAUAUUACCUGAGUCUGGAGCCAGCUGAUUCAUCAUACUAUCCUUCUGCAAUUGGGAACCAACUGAAAGUCUAUAUCGGUGUGUUCUGGCCUUGGGAAUCCAAUGAACAGGAUGAAACAUACACACAAAAUUAACGUUUAUGUAUAUGAUUAUGUAAUUAUUUGCUCAAAACGUUUAAUUGUCAGUUGUUAAUGUGGUAAGUUAUAAUAAAUAAUUGUAUUGUGAUAUAAUUAGUGCAAAUGUAUGUAAUUCAUAUUGAUUUUUAUAUUGCACACUGCCCUAUUUCAGCAUCUAGGAGUAUUCAGUUACCAAAUUUCCUUCCUCAUACUUUCAACACUAAAGCUGGGUUCAUACUAAGCGAUGUGUACCCAGCCCAACAUCGCUGCUGACUGGACCCUGUUAACGGAACUUGACGAAGUGUAUGCAAUUGCCCUGAUGGCCCUGCUGCAGGGUAGACGGAGGAUAGGGGAUGUCGCUAGAGAUCUGCUGGAACAUGCAUUUCAUGGGUAUACAAUAGACCAGUGGUUCCCAAACUCGGUCCUCAAGGUCCCCCAACAGCUCACGUUUUCCAGGUCUCUUCACAGAAUCACAAGUUUAAUAACUGGCUCCAAUUGUGGAUCUUUUAAAAUGUGUCAGCGAGUAAUGAAUACAGCUGUGUACCUGCUGGGUUACCUGGAAAACAUGAACUGUUGAGGAACCUUAAGGACUGAGUUUGAGAACCACGGCACAAGAUGAUGAUUCAGAGGUGGACACUAUUGCAGUUGCGACUGCUUCUUUUGCCAAAACCGCUACUGCAUCUUUAUGGUAAUUUUUCAUCUGAUGGUCAUUCUAGUGAAACGCCCAUAGACUGUGGCAUUAAUCUGCUAUCACACAAUUGUACAUUGCAUCAGCCCUAUGGAGGUGCAGAAUGUCUGUAAGAACGUGGCUGCUGUUGUCAGUGCAGCUGCAUCUUUAGACAAAGCCACUACCGUGACACCCACGUCAGGCUAGCCACCACCCCCAGUUGCCACCCAGAAGUGCUCACUGAAAUUGCAUGGAUCUGCAUCUUAGAGUGGUAACCAUUGGAACAGGUGGUCUUCACUUUGCUGGCGGUCGGGCUCCUAGCGACCAGCAUACCGGCGCCAGAAUCUCGACCGCCGGCAUACCAACAGUUCUUCUCCCUCUUGGGGGUCCACGACCCCCCUGGAGGGAGAAUAGAUAGCGUGCCUGCAGCGUGGUGAGUGCAACGAGCCCGCAAGGGGCUCAUUUGCGCUCGCCCAGCUGUCGGUAUGCAGGCGGUCUGGAUUCCAGCGCUGGUAUGCUGGUCACCGGAAGCCCGACCGCCGGCAUAACAUACUACACCCCAUUGGAACGCAUGCACAGUGCAACUGGGAUGAUUGUGCAGACUGAAAAUAUUGGCUGCUUGCAUCUAAUGCCUUCUCUGCAUCCACCUCUGGUCAUGCCCUCUUCCUUCCAGUAGUGACCUUUUCCUUACACUUAUCUAUAGCUAAGCCUCCCUGUAGCAGAACAGAUGUGUGCGCUUUACAGGUGAUCACCAGGUGCAGGUGAUGGUGAUUACCUGGAAGCAUAUUUGAGAUGUUGUAUGAUUGCAGGGGUAAAGUGAGGCACAAUGAGAUCUGACUGUGCAAAAAUGGUACUGUCAAUAAGUUCAUUAUGCAAAGAAGAAUAAAUAUCAACAAGAUCUUCCACCUUAAAAGUAAACACUGUACACAAUGGGACUACAGUCAUUUUAAGUUAAUAAGUAAAUCAAAUGAGAAGGUAUAACUAUGUUGUACUGUAGUGGGGCUAAAUUACAAUGUGCAGACAAAGUAAGCUAACGUCUUAACUGCUGUGCUGACAUAAAGCUGCCUGCUAUACUAUUUGUGUAUUACAUGCAAUAGCAGGCAGGAUUUGUCCUACAAGGAAAAAAAGAAAACUGCAUUUGCACCCCUUGCAUGGCAACAAGGUAUCUCCAGGAGCAAAUGUGCACUCAUAGGGCAUGAUGCAGAGCUGGAACUGAAUUUGUCUAUGUUGGCCCAAAGAAAUAUGCAUGGGAAUAAUGGGUAUGUUUGCCGGUAUGCGGAGCUGUGUGCAGCUCGAGAUGCAACUGUCCCUAUCCGUACACCUGAUUUGCUUAUAGGCCCUCAUUCCGAGUUGUUCGCUCGCUAGCUGCUUUUAGCAGCCGUGCAAACGCUAAGCCGCCGCCCUCUGGGAGUGUUAGGUUAGCAGAAGUGUGAAUGAAAGGAUCGCAGCGCUGCUACAAAAAAAGAUUGUGCAGUUUCUGAGCAGCUCGAGACUUACUCCUAGCUUGUGAUCACUUCAGACUGUUUAGUUCCUGUUUUGAUGUCAUGAACACGCCCUGCGUUUGGCCAGCCACGCCUGCGUUUCCCCAGGCACGCCUGCGUUUGUAUCUGACACGCCUGAGUUUUUCAGCACACUCCCCGAAAAUGGUCAGUUACCUUCCAGAAACACCCACUUCCUGUCAAUCACUCUGCGGCCAGCAGUGCGAUUGAAAAGCGUUGCUAGACCUUGUGUGAAACUGCAUCGGCUGUUGUGAAGGUACGUCGCGUGUGCGCAUUGCGCCGCAUACGCAUGCACAGAAAUGCCGAAUUUUUUUUGCCUGAUCGCUGCGCAGUGACCGAAAACAGCUAGCGAACAACUCGGAAUGACCACGAUAGUCAUCAGCAGCAGCAGCAGCAGUGGAAAAUAUGCUAUUGCUGUUGUUCUAAUUGUAAAGCGCAACAGAAUAUGCUGCGCUAUAUAAGAAACUGUUAAUAAUAAUAAUAAUAAUAAUAAUAAUUAUGCAAGACACAUUCUACAAACAUGUGUACUUUCAACUCUGCAUAAUACCCGUUACUGCAUUUGCCCCUCACUCUUAAAGAGUCUCCCUUGGAGACAUACAGACAAUGCCACCAGCACUGAGUUUUCAGAAAAGAACUGAAGAUAAUUUUGAGUUUGCUUAAAGAGUUUUGAAGAAUGUUUGAUGUUUUAUGUGGUUUGUUGUAUUGAACAUGUCCUUUAGCAUUCGAUACUCGUUCCUCCAAAUGUGAUAUAUGUAUGGCAAAUAAAAAAGCAAGAAAAGAA